AUGAUGAUGCCAAUGGAAACGUUUCAAAAACAGCAAAAUAAAUUCAUGAAUUUACAAAUUCAACAUCGACAACAGAUAAUGCAACAACAAUCGCCUCGAGAUCCUCGAAUCAGGAACAUGAAAAAUCCUGCAGUACCAGCUGUUGCAGCUACAGCUAUUAAUCCACCAGGUUUUGUAAAUUACAUGCAAUUUAAUUCAACUAAAAGAAGACAUGAUCAUUAUAAUUAUAAUACUGAUAGUCCAAUUUUAAAGAAAAAUAAAAUUGAACAAGUUAAUAGUUGUUCUGAUAAUCAAGGUGGUAAAUCUAGUCUCAAAUGGCAACAGCCAUUAUUUAGUCAACCUCCACCAGUAUUUAUGACUAGAAAUACAUUAACUUAUCCUCCACCAAAUUCACCUGGUGCAAUGAAUAAAUUUAAUGGCUCACAUCAACAGGUUUAUACUAACAAUAAUAAUAAUCAAUUAUUAGCAACAAGAAAUACAAUCAAUAAUAAUCAAUCCAUUGCAACAAGAAUUACAACAUCUUUACCUUCACCAAGUCCACCUGGUGCAACAAGUUCAGGAUCUUCUUCACCAAGUUCAGUAGGAUCUUCUUCACCAAAACUUGAUAUAAAUGCAUUAUAUCAAAAUUUACUUGAAAGUGGUCUUGUUCAACAACUCAGUGAUAAUAAUAAAUUAAAUAUUGAAGUAAAAAAAGAACCAGAAAUAAUUGAAGUAUCAUUUGAUGAGCCAAAAACAUUGAAAAUUAAACGACCAGAUUUAGUAGCAGCAUUGUAUACUGGUACACCAUGUGGUAAUUGUGGUCUUAGAUUUACAUCAAAUUCAAUUGAGACAUAUGAUCAACAUUUAGAUUGGCAUUUUCGUCAAGCUAGAAAAGAAAAAGCUGCAGCUAAAACAGUUAAUUCAAGAUCAUGGUAUUAUAAUAUUAAUGAUUGGAUGCGAUCUGAUGAAAUUGAAGCUGAAGAAGAUCGUAAAGCAAGUUUUUUUGAGACACAAAAAGAAGAAGACAAAGUUGAACAAUUCACAAAAAGUCCAGUAUUGAUAGAAUAA